AUGGAUACUCAAAGGUGGUCCCCAAGGUGGAAAACGAAAAGAUGGCUUUGGGAUAGCACUAUAACAACAAUCAUCACUCUCACUUUUGUUCUACAGGCUUCGCAAGUCAGAGCAGCUGAACCAGUGGACGUGCUCAAAGUUUUAGACUUCCACAACUCUCCUGAAGGAGUCAAGAAAGCUCCAGGAUUCUGUCCGAUUCGGAGAGGCUCCAAACCGGACGAGGCUUACCGGGUCGGGAAGCAAGCUCAGAUCAGCGCUCCCACCAAACAGCUAUUCCCAGGAGGAGUGUUCCCUCAGGAUUUCUCCAUUCUAAUGACCAUAAAGCCCAAACCUGGAGUCCAGGCUUUCCUGCUAUCCAUCUAUAAUGAGCAGGGCAUCCAGAAACUGGGUAUAGAAGUAGGCCGCUCACCCAUCUUUCUGUACGAGGACCAGCAUGGAAAACCAGCCCCUGAAGACUACCCCUUAUUCCGCAGCAUCAACCUCGCAGAUGGCAAAUGGCAUCGAGUGGCUAUCAGUGUAGAAAAGAGGAGUGUCACCAUGAUUGUAGACUGUAAGAAGAAAUUCACCAGACCGCUCAGCAGAACUGAUGGAGCAGUCAUCAACACAAAUGGCAUAGUUGUCUUCGGUACACGGAUCCUUGACGAGGAAGUCUUUGAGGGUGACAUCCAACAGCUGUUGUUCGUGGCAGACCCCCGGGCAGCCUAUGACUACUGUGAACACUACAGUCCCGACUGCGAAACCCCACACCAGGACACCCCACAGGCCCAGGAACCUGAUGAGGAGCUCACUACUGACUACACUUAUGAUGAUGAGUUCUACGACUAUACAGAAGAGGAGCUCACUGCCACCGAUGUUCCCCUUGAAGAGGCCAAUACUGAAAAUAAGCCUGGCACUACUGAUGUUGAGUACUACACUGAGACAGACUAUGGUACUGUGGACGGCUCUGAAGCAGCUGCUCCCACAGUUUCAACUGGUGCCAGUGAGAAUGUGGCCUAUGAAGAGGAGAUAGUGGAUGACUACAUCACAGGGGUAGAACAGGUUGGGCUCGAUCCCACUGAAGCCACCUCCAAUGCUGAAAUAAUAGAAUCCAAAGGCACCGUGGCCCCUGACACAAUGGACUUCAAGGAGUAUGACCUGAAGGAGUAUGACUUGAAGGAACUGGGUAAUAAUGAGUACGACUAUAACAUCUAUGAUGAGUACACCACCAAAAACAACUAUGAGGAUGAGAUUGGGCCUGGAGUCCCUGCUGAGACUGACAUCAAGGAGAGCAAUGUUGGCGGCACUGCCUACAGUGGGGAGAAGGGAGAGAAAGGGGAGCCUGCUGUCAUUGAGCCAGGAAUGCUUAUAGAGGGACCCCCAGGACCCCCGGGCCCCGCCGGUCUUCCUGGAACCCCAGGUUUGCAAGGCCCUACAGGCCCUCAUGGAGAUCCUGGUGAGAGAGGUCCCCCUGGCCGUCCCGGUUUACCGGGUGCUGAUGGUGUCCCUGGGCCACCAGGAACUAUUCUCAUGCUGCCAUUUCGUGCGGGCGGAGAGGCCUCUAAGGGCCCAGUGGUAUCGGCUCAGGAAGCCCAGGCCCAAGCCAUCCUGUCUCAGGCUAGGCUUGCCAUGAGAGGUCCCCCAGGUCCAGCGGGUCUGACAGGAAGGUCCGGGCCUGUGGGUGCUCCUGGUGCACCUGGUCUUAAAGGAGACAGCGGAGAUCAUGGACCACAGGGACCAAGAGGCAUCCAAGGUCCAUCUGGGCCACCUGGAAAAGCAGGAAAAAGGGGCCGUUCCGGCGCUGAUGGGGCUAGAGGCAUGCCUGGUGAAGGAGGUGCUAAGGGUGACAGGGGCUUUGAUGGACUUCCUGGUCUUCCUGGUGAGAAGGGGCACAGGGGUGAACAAGGUCCCAUUGGUCCACCAGGCGCCCCGGGAGAUGAUGGACCAAGAGGGGAAGAUGGUGAGAUUGGACCACGUGGUGUCCAAGGAGAGAGUGGCCCAAGAGGACUGUUAGGACCCAGAGGGUCUGCUGGGCCUGCUGGACAGCGAGGACUUCCUGGACUUGAUGGUCAACCCGGGCCAAAAGGGAACAUGGGCCCUCAAGGAGAGCCAGGUCCCCCCGGUCAGCAGGGCAUUCCUGGUCCUCACGGUCUGCCUGGUCCACAAGGCCCUAUUGGACCGCCUGGAGAAAAAGGGCCUCAUGGAAAACAAGGACUGGCUGGCUUGGCUGGUGCAGAUGGGCCCCCUGGUCACCCUGGGAAGGAAGGUCCUCCCGGAGAGAAAGGGAGCGCUGGUCACCCAGGGCCUCAGGGCUCUAUUGGCUACCCUGGCCCUCGGGGAGUGAAGGGAGCAGAGGGUGUCCGCGGCCUGAAGGGUGGCAAAGGAGAGAAGGGAGAAGACGGUUUCCCUGGCUUUAAGGGUGACAUGGGCCUCAAAGGUGACAAGGGAGAAGGUGGCGUUCUAGGACCACGUGGCGAAGAUGGACCAGAAGGGCCAAAGGGUAAAGCAGGGCCAAAUGGAGAGUCUGGUCCCAUGGGCCUGGCAGGAGAGAAGGGAAAACUUGGCGUUCCGGGUUUGCCAGGAUACCCAGGAAGGCAAGGUCCAAAGGGUUCCUCUGGUUUCCCUGGAUUCCCAGGAGCCAACGGAGAAAAGGGAGCAAGGGGUAUUGCAGGCAAAGCAGGUCCCAGAGGGCAAAGAGGUCCAACGGGUCCACGUGGAGGAAGAGGAGCCAGAGGCCCGACAGGAAAACCAGGUGCAAAGGGUACCUCAGGAAAUGACGGCCCCCCUGGAGGGACAGGAGAGAGAGGGCCUCAAGGACCUCAAGGACCAGUAGGAUUCCCUGGACCUAAAGGCCCACCCGGACCACCAGGAAAGGAUGGACUGCCUGGCCACCCAGGACAGCGGGGAGAGACAGGUUUUCAAGGAAAAACUGGCCCACCUGGCCCUGGAGGUGUUGUUGGUCCCCAGGGAUCCACCGGAGAGACAGGUCCUGUUGGUGAGAGAGGUCACCCUGGACCCCCUGGUCCCCCUGGAGAGCAAGGCCUUCCAGGAGCUGCAGGGAAAGAGGGUGGAAAGGGUGACCCAGGACCUCAGGGUACUCCAGGGAAGGUGGGUCCUGCCGGACUGAGAGGUUUCCCAGGACAGAGGGGUCUUCCUGGUGCACUGGGUCCAGCCGGCUUGAAGGGAGGCGAGGGUCCACAGGGUCCGCCUGGCCCCAUUGGGUCACCAGGAGAGAGAGGAGCCGCAGGACCUGGGGGACCCAUAGGUCUGACAGGACGCACUGGACCACAAGGUCCUCCUGGUCCAGCUGGAGAGAAAGGAGCUCCAGGUGAGAAAGGCCCUCAGGGUCCAGCUGGUCGUGAUGGAAUCCAAGGCCCGGUGGGUCUACCCGGCUCUGCAGGACCUCAAGGUCCACCUGGAGAGGAUGGUGAUAAGGGAGAAGUUGGUGAGCCAGGUCAAAAGGGAAGCAAAGGAGACAAGGGAGAGCAGGGUCCUCCAGGUCCUGCAGGGCUGCAGGGUGUAGUUGGCGCUCCAGGUCCAGCUGGGAGUGAUGGCGAACCGGGACCCAGAGGUCAGCAGGGCAUGUUUGGCCAAAAAGGAGAUGAGGGAUCCCGAGGUUUCCCGGGUUUGCCGGGUCCGAUUGGACUGCAGGGAUUACCUGGACCUCCAGGUGAGAAGGGUGAGAAUGGUGAUGUCGGACCAAUGGGUCCCCCUGGUCCUCCUGGCCCAAGGGGACCUCAGGGUCCCAGUGGAGCUGAUGGAGCACCAGGUCCUCCUGGUGGUAUUGGUGCCAUGGGUGGCAAUGGUGAGAAGGGUGAAACCGGUGAAGCUGGCAACCCUGGACCACCAGGAGAGCCUGGAACAGGGGGUCCCAGAGGCGAGGUAGGAGAGAAAGGAGAGACUGGCCCACCUGGAGCUGCUGGACCUCCUGGUGCUAGAGGACCUCCUGGAGACGACGGCCCUAAAGGCAACCCAGGUCCUAUUGGCUUUCCUGGAGACCCAGGUCCACCUGGUGAGCCUGGUGUUGGUGGACUUGAUGGCUUACCUGGUGAUAAGGGUGAUGAUGGAGAGUCUGGUCAACCUGGUCCACCUGGUCCAUCUGGAGAAGCUGGUCCUCCAGGACCACCUGGAAAGAGGGGUCCCAUUGGACCAGCUGGAACAGAGGGCAGGCAAGGAGAGAAGGGUGCUAAGGGUGAACCAGGUGCUGAGGGACCACCAGGUAAAACUGGACCCGUUGGCCCUCAGGGCCCAUCUGGCAAGCCUGGUGCUGAAGGCCUCAGAGGCAUUCCUGGCCCUGUGGGUGAACAAGGACUUCCUGGUGCUUCUGGUCAAGAUGGCCCUCCUGGACCAUUGGGUCCUCCUGGACUCCCAGGCUUGAAAGGUGAUCCUGGCUCUAAGGGAGAAAAGGGUCACCCUGGUCUAAUUGGGCUUAUUGGUCCUCCUGGUGAGCCUGGUGAGAAGGGAGACAGAGGUUUGCCUGGACCCCAGGGCCUUGCUGGUGGCAAGGGUGAUCCUGGUCUUGGUGGAACUUCUGGUCCUGUUGGUCCCCCUGGUCCUCCUGGUAUUCCUGGCCCGCAAGGUGCUAAAGGAUCCAAGGGAUCAACUGGUCAAGCAGGUCAGAAGGGAGACACCGGUAUGAUUGGACCUCCUGGUCCUCCUGGUCCACCUGGGGACAUCAUCCAGCCCCUACCUAUCCAGACACCUAAGAAGUCAAGGAGGUCCUCAGACAUGCAGGGCGAUGAGGCAGCAGACAUGAUGGACUAUGGCAUGGAGGGGCCACAGGAUAUGGAUGAUAUCUUUGGUUCCCUCAACAACCUCAAGCAGGACAUCGAACGCAUGAAGUUCCCCUUGGGGACACAGGACAACCCAGCCAGAACCUGCAAAGACCUUCAGCUCAGCCAGCCAGACUUCCCUGAUGGUGAAUACUGGAUUGAUCCCAACAUGGGAUGCACAGGGGAUUCCUUCAAAGUUUACUGUAACUUUACUGCAGGGGGAGAGACCUGCAUUUACCCUGAUAAGAAGUCCACAGGGGUUAGAAUAUCUAACUGGCCAAAGGAGUCACCAGGCUCUUGGUUUAGUGAGUUUAAGCGUGGUAAAAUACUCUCUUAUGUAGAUGUGGAGGAGAGCACCAUAAACAUGGUCCAGAUGACAUUCCUGAAGCUGCUGAGCUCCUCGGCCAGGCAGAACUUUACCUAUAUCUGUCACCAGUCUGUGGCCUGGUACGAUGCCAAGGCUGACAACUAUGACAAGGCAUUGCGCUUCCUGGGCUCCAACGAUGAGGAGAUGUCUUACGACAACAACCCAUUCAUCAAAGCCCUGUCAGAUGGCUGCUCGACAAAGCAGGGAUACUCAAGGACUGUCAUGGAGAUCAACACACCACGUAUUGAUCAGGUGCCUAUCAUCGAUGUCAUGCUUAAUGACUUUGGGGAUCCAAACCAGAGGUUUGGCUUCGAGGUAGGCCCUGUCUGCUUCUUUGGCUAG